AGGCUGGGACAACGACGGCUUCAGCGGGUAUGCGCUGCUAGCUCUGCGGUUACUGAGUAGGGAAAGGAAAGGCCUGAAGCAACUGCACGAUAAACAGUCUCUGCAAAUCAUGCUAAGGUGCGCUUGCCAACAGCUAGAGGCCACCGAGCAUUCAGUCCGAGCCGACGAAGAAGGUAUCAAGUGUCUAGUAAACGCCACACACAGCAAUCCCGCACAACAAGAUAUGUUCAUAGAGCUUGAUGGCCCCAUAACGAUACUAAAACAAGCGCACGAGACAGUGUUGGGCUCACCUACGCCCACACACGCACACGCGUAUGUGUGGUAUGCGCUCAGACUGCUGUUCGUGGGUGUGGCCACAACGCCAGCAGCGAUGAAGCAACUGGUUGAGAAUGGCGGCGAGCGGUUGUGUGUGGAGAUGUUUGAGGUUGUGGUGGGACUGAGGCCGCAGAACUCGGGUACCUCUGAAGAUGCUACAAGAGAAUUCGAACCACCCAAUGCGGCGCAAAAUGUGGUCACAGAACUGUCGAACAUACUGUUUAGUGUCACCGGCCGAUUUAGCCAAUUCCGCGCAAAGAAAACCAGUGAUCCCGAUCUCACGCCGGAAGAGAAGGCAAUGUUCACAAGACUCAUGGCGUGUGUGUACGUACACCUUAGCACAGCGUAUGAGAACCAAUUGGCAGCAGCCGCACAGAGCACCCGCCCCAAGGGAGACACUACGGCCAGCAGUGUACACACGAAGAGGCACGCCUACGCCAAGGGAUAUGCGGAGCCAGUAUCUCUGGCGUGUAACUCGGUGCACAGUGCAUUCUCGGUGCUGUACAACACGCCUGACGGUGUGGAGAGUGCUAUCCUUGAAGUGGCGAGGCAGCAUGGCCCCGAAGGGGAUGGGGAUGGAGAGGGGGGUGCUGUGGCUGAAGGGGUGGACAAGAUCAGCAUCAGUUCUGAUCCGAACUCUGAAGCCGACGGAUUUGGUUCUGAUACGAACGUCACUAGAAAUGUGAAGGGUAAAGAGCCGAGCGAACCAGAUACACAAGCCAUCGACAUGUGGGUGGCGUAUAUAUACUCCACGGCCAAGGCGAAUCAACAACACCAACUGCUGCCGAUGCUGUCUGUGACACGCUUAUAUGCGCACAAAGUACCAGUCAUACGGAGACAUCUGAGAGCAAAGAUACUCCCCAGGCGUACACGGGAGGACUGUGCACUGAGACCUGAGCAGGAGGACACGGUGAGAGGCAGCCUGGUGAAGCUGAUGACUUCGAUCCACAUGAAUGUGAAGGACCUGGUAGCCGACAUGUUAUAUGUACUGUGCAAAGAAGAUAUGAAUAGACUCAUUAGACACACCGGAUACGGCAAUGCGGCUGGCCUGCUCGCCAGGUGGGUCGCAGUCUACAGUUGUUGUUUGAUUUGCCUGUCGUCUUGGGUCUUGGGUUCAGUGAGUACAUGUCAGAGGUUCUUGAAACAUGCGCACCCUAUAUUGCCGUGUUGCGGCUGUCGAGACGUGAUAAGCACGACGGCAGCUUGAUUACAGUGAGUUCUUGGUCCCUUUACGCUUUCACAUCCGUAUUUCGAAGUCAACCUAACCUUGUAUGUUAUUUCGUAUACCAGUAUCCCAUACGCCUAUGAGUGUUAUAUAUCAGAAAAUGUCAGACCGAAUAUCGGAAUAAUCAAUCACCUUAGGUUUUUUUAGCGAUCACCCGUCUGAAAGGUUGCUCGGACAUUCGAGCAUAAAUAAUCUUGAAGACUUGAAUAACAGUACUUUAGCAAAUUAUCCCGUUUG